AGGGCACUGAAUCCACUGGUUCUACCCGGGGACCGCUACAUCCCCAACAACUAAAACAACGCUGGUUCACCAUCACCACCAUAAUAGGAGAAUCACGCCUUUGCCCAUGACGGCAUAGCUGUCACGAGAUGCGGAUGCAAAAUAGCGAGUCACGGAUAAAUCAGAAAGGAGGUUGGUUACGCAGAGAGCAUCUCGUUUUUCAUAGGUUGAUGGAAGCUGGGCUAUUGUCGAAAGGGGAACGUGCGGAUUGUCGCGCAUCCACCCCACGAACCUGAGCUAUAGGAAACGAAAAACGUAGACAUUUUCAAGAGGCUGUUUUUACAGUACCGCAUUGGUGCCAGUGGAAUCGUUAAGGGUGAGAGAGGAAUAGCACGUCUGGUCACGACAGUUUCAGCACCAAGGACAGCGACGAAUCAGUUCCUUAUUUUUUGAGGCUGCAGCUUUGAAGACUGGGCGGUUCCGCAAGCCUUUUCUACCUGAAGAUCUUUUCUCUUGUCCUCCUGUCCUGUUUGUCAACUUCUUAUCAAGAGCUGCUUUUUGUUAUUGAAUAUCGCACUGAAGAUGGUGGAGCAGGAGAAAAAGCAGGUGACAGGAUACCUCCUUUUCUCCCUGGCCACUGCAGUCAUUGGCUCGCUGCAGUUUGGCUACAACACAGGGGUCAUUAAUGCACCGGAACAGAAACUGCGGGCUUUCUUCAACAACACGUGGAUGGAGAGGUAUGGCGAGCCCAUCAAACCAGGAACGUGCACCAUUGUGUGGAGCUUUUCGGUGGCCGUCUUUAGCGUGGGCGGCAUGGUGGGCUCCUUCAGCGUCGGAGUGAUGGCAGACAGAUUUGGGAGGAAAUUGUCCAUGUUCCUGGUCAACAUCCUGGCUGUGAUUGGAGGCCUCCUCAUGGGUUUCUCCACCCUCUGCUCCUCGUACGAGAUGGUCAUCGCUGGACGCCUCGUCAUCGGCCUCUUCUGCGGCCUCUUCACCGGCCUUACGCCCAUGUACGUGGGGGAGCUGUCCCCCACCCCUCUACGGGGCGCUUUCGGCACCUUGCACCAGCUGGGCGUGGUUAUUGGCAUCCUCGUGGCUCAGAUCUUUGGCUUGGAGUCUCUGCUGGGGUCGGACAAGUUGUGGCCUCUGCUACUGGCUCUGACGGUCGUCCCGGCCAUGCUGCAGUGUAUCCUGCUGCCCUUCUGUCCCGAGAGCCCUCGCUUCCUCCUCAUCAACCAGAACAAGGAGGAGCAGGCCCGCAAAGCCCUGGUGCGUCUGCGUGGCUCCGACGACGUGAGUAAAGACAUGCAGGAGAUGAAGGAGGAGAGUUCCAAGAUGGCCAUGGAGAAGAAGGUGACCAUCCCUGAGCUGUUCCGCACCGCAGCCUAUCGGCAGCCGCUCCUCAUCGCCGUCAUGCUCCACCUCUCCCAGCAGCUCUCCGGAAUCAAUGCUGUGUUCUACUAUUCAACUGGUAUCUUUGAGUCAGCCGGUGUCACCCAACCCAUUUACGCCACUAUUGGAGCAGGAGCUGUUAACACUGUCUUCACUGUGGUAUCUCUCUUCCUGGUCGAGAGGGCGGGACGAAGGACUUUGCAUCUCGUCGGAUUGGCCGGAAUGGCCGUCAGUGCCCUGCUCAUGACUAUUGCCCUCCUGUUGAAGGGCUACUCGUCUCUGAGCUACCUGAGCAUUGGGGCAGUGUUUCUGUUCGUGGCCAUGUUUGAGAUGGGGCCUGGUCCUAUCCCAUGGUUCAUAGUGGCGGAGCUCUUCUCCCAGGGUCCGCGGCCUGCCGCCAUAGCAGUGGCCGGCUGCUGCAACUGGACCGCCAACUUCCUGGUGGGAAUCAGCUUCCCCAAACUGGAGGAGCUGUGUGGGCCUUACGUCUUUAUCAUCUUCAUGAUCUUACUGAUCUUCUUCUUCAUCUUCACCUUCAUCAAAGUCCCAGAGACCAAGGGCAAGACCUUUGACGAGAUCGCCCGUGAGUUUGGCGGGGCCACCCUGCCCCCUGCCACCUCUGUGGGAGCUCCUCCCACUAGUAUCAGCGUAACACUUCCUGCCUCGCCAAUCAAGGAGAAGGUUCCAUUGGUGGAGGCGGCAGCAGCAGAGGAUAGGUCCAAUUCAACUGUACAGGAGAGCUUGUAGAAUACUGUGUUGGGUCAAUGGUUAAAGGUCAAGGGUUGGGGGUCAGCUGGUUCAAAAACAGAUCAAAGCUUAAUUCUUUGGCAGUUCAGGUAAAUGGGGACGAGUGUUUGACGUGAAGGGAAAUAUACCGUUCGUGUACAUGGAAAGCCAAAACACACAUUUAUGGUUGGAUACAGUAGCUAGAAUGAAUUAGUGUUAUUUUUUCGAAUUUAUUUCUGUCACGUGUAAUAUAUUUCUCAGCCUAUAGGUCAAAAUGUGUAUUUUAAUUGUGUUGCCUUCUUUUCCUGAGUGCAUCAUCAUUUAAACAGCUUUUAGUAAAGCCAAAGUGGGUCUAGUCAAAGCAAACAACCUCAAUAGUGUUUCUGAUAAACAGUAGUUUUAACAGUGAAACAGUAGAUUAGGGUCAAUUGCAUUGGUUGGCUUUCAUGGUUUUAGAAAUAGCUUUUUUAAAUAACCCAAUAAUCCCAGAAUGAUCGUACUUGACAGUUAAUUUCAACAGUUGUUGUAUUUGAGAACAAAAUAAUAUGCUUAUACCCUACUCAACAUAAGAAUCCACUGCUAAAAAUCACAUUCAGAUGGUUGCAAAAUAAAGAGAGAGAGAGAGAGAGAGAGAGAGAGAGAGAGAGAGAGAGAGAGAUAUGGUACUUAUUUCACUUUAACUUGCUUUAGGUGCACCUUAUUAACCAAAUAGAAAUCAAUUAAAAUUCCAAGAUUGCUAAUAUACUCUUCAAAAAGCGAUUUAUGGCAAAUUAAUCAACAUAAGGAAUAAUUAGAGAAAUAUUUCCCUGGGGGAGUAGAAUUGCAUUAACUAUAUUGUCUAAGGGGACAGAUAGUUAUUUUGGAUAUUAGAUUAUAAUAGAUUGUGAUAUGAGUCGCGAUGUUAUGAACUUGGAUUCGAUAAGAAUCAACCAUAGAGAGCAAAGGACUCCAUCGGUUUUCUCUGUGGAAUUGAGUGUAAUUUUGAAUUGUUCUGCUGUGAGAUCAUUCAGUCAAAAAUGUUGAAUAUGAUUAUGACGGUUAUCUAUUCAGUCUGUAUUUGGAAUAACACAAUGGGACUUUAGUUGUGACCAAAUGUGAGGAUUUGUGCACAAUGCUUUUUAAUGACUCCCCUUUAAGUCUAUACUCUACUUUGUGACACUUUGUCUGAAGAUUAACCUUGUGGAACGUUGUUAAAAAUCCAAAUUUAUUUAAAUAUUUUAUUGCAUAGAUAUACUGUAGUAUAUAUAUAUAUAUAUAUGUGUGUGUGUUACAAAAACAAUAUUUAUUUUUUAUUUGUGGUUGUGUAAAUUAGACGUAGUUAUUUUUCUCCAAGCACAUUCACAAUUGAUUUUGCCUAGAAAGAUGACCGGGUCAUGGCUUUGUUCUUUAUUUAUAUAACAUAUUGUGGAUAUGUGUAUGUGUUGCACUGGGAAAAUACAUUCCUUCGAUGGUAGUAUUCAGUAUUUGACCUCUCCUCCAAGGAAAAAACGUUCUUCAAUGGCAGCCCUCCCUCACCACUGUUAACAAGACUGUGGUACUUUACUAACUGAACCAUACUCAGUUACCUUAUGCACAUUCACUUAUUGUAAAAAGUUAGUAGAGAAUUUAUUUGUAAAUAUGUAUUUUCAAAAUGAUAUUUAUAUGUUGACUGCAGUGGUUGAAUGUGGGCUUGUUCUGACUUAUGGGGUGCCCAUCGUCCAAUGAGUGAAAAAGAGAAGGAAAGAGAGAACAAGUAUUGGAUUGUUUCCUAUUAAUACACUGAAGCAUUGACAUACAUUACUCUAUUAACUUUGUGUUAAAGUAUUAUUUAUGUCAAAAUGGACACUGGAUAAUAAUAAAAAACAGUUCCCUUACCACUGCUUCCCUCACUCUUCCUCUCUCUUCCACUUCCCACAUGCCUUCCACUUGUUCAGUAUCCACCUUAUGCUGUCCCCAGUGUGUGCCUAAAAAAAAGUGUAUUCAUUUUCAGUUGAUGAUCAUUGUAUCCUAUAUUGUCACAGAGAUCUAUUCCAUUUUACAUCAGAAAACCAUGUUGUUUUGAACUGGAUUUUUACCAAUGCGGUUGGUAUUGCUUUGAUGUUUAUUUUUGUUCCUGGCCUGUGUUUCAUGGCCUUCCGUUUACUUUGGGGGAUUGUGUUUGUGAGUUCCUUGUUUCUGCUGCUUAUUUGUGCCUCUUCUUCAGCUAAUGUGUACUGUAUGUGUGUGUGUGUGUGUGUGAACACGUUCUUCCUGCUUCCAAAGUCUUGUACUCUUAUUCCCCACGAUGCACCAAACAAAGGGGCAUUUCAGCAAGGUCUAUAGCCCAGCCAUAAACAAUUCAAAUGAUUCAAUAAUCAACAUUGAUAUUGAAUUGAAAAAUAUGGUCUAAUUCAUAAAUAUUGAGAUCACGUGAAGUGCAGAAAAGCACACUACUGAAUCCAUUUGGUCAUUUUCCUGUAUUGAACAAAAUGUAUCACACAAGCAGUAUACAUCUGGCUUUGAAAUGCCCUAUGAGACAUAAUGAAAAAUUACAACAAACUAACAACAACCAUACAGCCCUAUAUGUCACGUGUGUUUGUUUCACUUGUGUUUGUGUAUAUGAAUAUACUGUAGUUAAAUAAAACAUCACACAUCUAACAAACACACAACCUUUGAUAUCUUCUGUACAGAUACUAUCCUUGGCAAAUACAAAGUCAGCAUCUUGCUUGGUUUAAUCAAUCAAUGUACUGUGUCUGUGUGUGAAAGUGUAAUAAAAUGUUUUGUUAACCUCC